AACAGUGGGUCAGCGGAUCCAAACGCACUUGCCACGCUAACAGCUGGAAUGUUACCUCCUAAUCAACUGCAAAUACAGCAACAACUUCAACUCCAUCAACAGUCGCAACUGCAACAACAAGCACAACAGAUAGCAGGUCAGACCCCAACCUCCAACCCGACAAAACUAUCUCCCUCACUUUCGGGUCCUUCCCCGGUCAUUGGUAAUAAGCCAUCUCCUGGGGAGCCUGCUGGAAAAAGAGGGAGAAAACAGAGCACUAGUAAUCAAACCACCACUCCAAACAGUGCUCCAACUCCUUCCCAUCUCAAGAAGGAGUUUUCCACUCCUCUCACUCCCACUUCAGAGACGCCUAAUGAUACUUCUAAUAUCAAUGUAAAGAGGAAGAGAAAGGGGAGUGUUGUUGGUGAGUCUCCUAAGAAGGCUGCUCUCAAUAAGAAGAAUGAUAUUGAUUCUUUGAAAGAAGAAAAGGACGAUAAGACCGACGAUUCAUUAAAUGUAAUGGUUCCUCCCUCGGCACUCUCCGGCAACUUCCAUGAUAUUGGUCAAGGCGAUCAGAUGUUUUCAAUGGAUGUGUUAGACAGUAGCUCCGGUGACAAUCAAUUGUUUGGCAGUGGCUCUAACUCCAAUGGUUUGGAAGAUAUCGAUUUUGAUUUCAAUCUGUUUUUGGAUGGUAAUAAUGAUGGAAUUAAUACUUUCAAUUGGGGUGGGGUUGAUGCUGUCGAUGCCAUAGAAAGUGGCGAUUCCUAGUGGGCUAAAAUUAGUAGGUAUAGCAAAUAGCUUUCCUUUAUGUAUUAUAAUAUUAUAAUCAGCUAAAGUUCUUAAUGUUUGAACCAGGCACUGGUGUUUGCCCACACUCCCAUGAGAGUAAGAGACAACACAACGUUUAGUAAUAUCGAGCUCUCGGCAGUAGCUGGGAAUACAUUCCAACAAUAUUCAUGGGCAAACCAGAAUGGGAUUGUCAAGUAGGGGUUGGCAGUCGACAUCAAGAAUGGUAAUUGCCAACAGUACCAGGAAAGAAAUUGAUAAUGUAAUGAUCUUGCAAAAAGGACACCAAUUACAUUACUUGUACUCAAGAUAAGCAUCACGAGUCUGGGACCAGAGUCUGGAUUUAAAAGCAAAUUGUCCUUUGACACGGUGCUGGCGAAUACUUUGAAAAAGUCUCCGAUUAGCACUGCAACUGAUUUUCCAGUAACCUUGGGAGAAAGGUACCUAGUAAAACAAAAAACAAGUAAUAAUGAUGCGUGUCCGAUGAGGAGACCAUUACUGAACUCAUCCGAAAGAAAGGUUUCCUCUGAGACAAACUUCCAGUUAACAGUCCAUUCAUACAAGAAUUUUCUAUCAAAUUUAAAGGCCUGGUUGAUGUAAGUCCAUCUCAAAUACUUGGCCAUUUCGUCAUUGAAAAGAGGCAACAAAAACUUCCAGCCAAUGCUUACUUGAACUAAGGGGAUAAUUAAUAGGGUUGUCAACAGCUUUAACAAAUUCUCACCAUUCAAAAAGUAGAUCACCACUAUGAAUCCAGGCAAGUACAAAAGAGCAUUCAUCUUGACGGAAAUAGCCAUACUGAACAAAUCUGCUGCAAUACAUGUAGCAGCAAACGUCAAAUUGGGCCCCAAGGUAGCAUACCAAUAUGCUGUUUGUUGAAGAACCAAGGUAACACCAAUCAUGGCGAGAGUAGUAAACCCAUCAUUGAAUAAUCUUAAAACAUAGAUUGAAACAAGCCUCUUGCUGCAUACCAGCAAAAUCAAUACCCACGGCCUUACUCCAGUAUACGUGAACAUUGCCAUGAUUACCGAAAGAGUGAACAAAUAGGAAAAUAUAGUCUGUGCAGUUAAAAUGUCUGUUCCGUUGUUGGUCAACCAAUAAAUGAAUUGGUACACCUGGAUGAAUCCUGCUGGAUAAACAGCUGGUCCUGUAUCACCUUUGAUUAAACUGUAGUCCAAUUCGCCAUCAUUUACAACUUCUAUUUGUUGCAUAUAAGUGUUGAAAUCGAUUUCUGUAUAAGGGACUUUGGCUAUAAUCACUUUUGUACCAAUCGAUGUUACUAUUGCAAUUAUAGGACCCACUAAUCUUUUGUAGUCAGGAUCAAAUAAAAGCCCAUAUAUAGCAUUAUAUAUGUCAGUCAAUACAUUUUUCAAGGUGAAUUCAGGAAGUUCUUGAGGUCUAUUCCCUUCUGUUGGAGGCAUGGCGAUUAAAAGAAGGGAAAAAGCC